AUGUCGCGUCCAUUCCCAUACAGUUACAUCUCGUGCCCUUGCGCCGACACCCCAAUCCCCGACCCCGCUAGGAAGCGAAGGUCAAGGGAGUCGUCACAGAAACCAACACCGGAGCGAACAGAUGCCGCAGAAGAUGCGACACCAAAGCCGGAGGAUGGCCAAGAUGAAGAAGACGAGGACGAAGAACAGACAUUCGACCCUAGAUCUCUACGGUCCAAUUUCUCGUUGUAUCCACCCGAACAGCUUCUAUACUGCGAGGAUUGUCACCAGAUCAAGUGCCCUCGAUGCAUAACCGAGGAAAUCGUGAGCUGGUAUUGCCCAAACUGUCUAUUUGAGACACCGAGUAGCAUGGUGAAAAGUGAUGGCAAUCGAUGUGGUCGUAACUGCUUCAAUUGCCCCGUCUGUACAGCCCCACUAGCUGUGAGUACCAUUGAAAAUGUAACGGGCAAUGGAAAUCAACAAGGGCCAUGGGUCUUAUCUUGUGGAUACUGCAUGUGGACGACACUGGAUAUCGGUAUCAAGUUCGACAAGCCGACCAAUAUCCGUAGUCAACUGCAAAAGAUGACCGAUUCCACUGCAUCCCCUGCCUACGAUGCCCGGUCAAGACAAGGCUCUCGUGCAUUCAGUGAUUUGAAAUCGCCUUUAUCAACCCUGAUCUCAGCCGAGGGACAAUCCAGCGCCCAAAACAACGACAACGGCAGCGAAGAGCAAUCCGCAAAAGAGGACUCAACAGACGUGGCACCCGCAAACACAGACGCCCGCUUCGCAGCACUUAAAUCCUUCUACCGCAACCAGAUCUCAGAAACAUCAACUUCCCCCAGUGACCCCUUGUCAGAAUUCGGCUUUUCCUCACCAGGCGCUCUAAACCGCCUGAUGUCCCUCUACGCAUCCUCAUCCCGUCUAAGCGGACUCUACGGCGGGAACAAAAAAUCCAAAUCAAAGCCCCCAGUCAUGCGCGAAGCCCUAACCGCCAGCGAAGGUCUCCGUGUUACACCCGCAGACGAAGAAGCCGCUAUAAUCGAGCGUCUCGCAUCUCCAGAAGGCGGCUGGGAUAGCAUUGCUUCACUCGAUCAGCGCGCACAGCAAUCACCAGAUGUCCGCUUCGUCGACGAGCUCCUCCCACUCCCCGUCCUCCUCCGCACCAAGCGUGCAAAGCGCUGCAAAUCCUGCAAGCAUAUCCUUGUCAAACCAGAGACGAAGCCGCAGUCCACUCGCUUCCGGAUUCGUCUCAUUGCUCUCAGCUAUAUCCCGCUGCCCACGUUGCGUCCUCUAGCUCUACCUGCUCCGUCAUCGUUUACGUCGGGUACCGUAACGCAAACACCGGAUCUAAACGCUUUGCCUCCCCUUAGACCUGUGCAUGUCCUUCUCACGUUGAAGAACCACAUGUUCGAUCCCGUCCGCAUUACACUUGCUACACCAUCCGUGACGCCAGGCCGGGUCGCUAGUAAAGUGACCAUCCUAAGUCCGCAGUUCGAGAUCGGUGCGAACAGUGAUGUCUGGGAUGAGGCGUUGGCAGGUGCGGCUCCUGUCGGAGACUCGCGUUUGACUGGCAUCCGAACAGCAGAGAAAGUACCCGAAGCUGGUAAAGUGUGGGAUAAAGGUCGGAACUGGACGACUGUUGUGUUGGAGGUUAUUCCGGGGACGUUACCGGGGUCUGAAGCUGAUACUACCAAUGCCGGGAAUGAGGAUGCUAGUGAUGAGGGUGUUGCUUUGAAGGAGGAUGAAGAUGUGUUGGAGAUUCCAGUUUUUGUGCACAUGGAGUGGGAUGCGGAGGCACAGCUUGAACAGCAGAAUGUUGGGAAGGCUUCUAAGCCUGAUGAUCUUGUUGCGAGGGAAUUGGCCUAUUGGAUGGUUUUGGGGGUAGGGAAGAUUCAGGCUGCGUUGUAG